GUUAAUGGGCGGAGAUCUUGACUAUGUCUUUUGGUAUAGGCUUCAAACUGUUUUUAUCUUCAACAUCUUGAUAAAGUGUGUUCAUGGUGAAUGACUAGAUUUUGAUUUUGGAUGAUUCCCUUUAGGCCAUUUAGGUGGUAGGUGCUGGAUGGAAGGGUUUGUUGAAAGGGGUGAUCAGUAGCAGUAGUCAGUAGUGUAGGCCUUAAAGCCCAAUAGAACAGUACCGUUGUAAUAGCAAGCACAUGAUCCUAGAAUGAUUGCCUUAGCUGUCUUUAUGGACUCAUUAGAAUGAGGUCUUUUCUAGGUAGUUUCCUUAGAGCAAGGUGGCAACAUUUUAGAGGUAGCAUGUACUAUUUAUUGGAGCAUUUCUCCAACCUAUGAAUGAGGGGACAAGUUGGUAGAAUGUUGCGCCGUUUUCUUUUUGAAGGCUUGCUGCUGUGUUCAUGGUAUCAGAGCCAAAAUGGCAUAAAUGCUCAGCUUGCUAUAAGCAAUUUAACAAAAAGGAGCAUCUCGUGGAGCACAUGAAGGUCUCAUACCACUCGGUGCACCAACCUAAAUGUGGAAUUUGUAAGAAACACUGCAGAUCAUUUGAAUCUCUCAGGGAGCAUUCAAAGGGUUGGUUGGCAAAAGACAGUUGCAGUAAAAUCUUUCAUGAGCUGGGAUGUGGUCUUUGCAUGAAAGUAUUUGAAAGCAGCAUUUUUUUAAGUGAGCAUAAGUGGACAUGUCAUUUAAUCCCACCUACUCGCCUUGGUACAAUAUCAUUGCCGUCCAUGGAACUGAAAACCUCAAUUCCUGACAUAAGCAAUGGAGAUAUUGUCCCGAAGAUUCAUGAAGCAAUUGCGAUGGACUGUGAAAUGGUUGGAGGUGGUAGUGAUGGAACUCUUAAUCUAUGUGGUAGGGUUUGCCUUAUUGAUGAAAACGAGGAUAUAUUAUUUCAUGCUUAUGUACAGCCUCAAAUGCCUGUUACUGAUUACAGAUCCGAUUUGACUGGCUUAAGUGAAGAGCAUCUAAGAGAUGCUAUGCCUUUGAAAGAAGUGCAGGAGAAGAUUCUGGAAAUCCUAUAUAAUGGAGAGUCCAUAGGAAUGGCAAGGGUAGAUGGUGGCAAGGCUAAGCUUCUUGUGGGUCACUCUCUGGAACAUGAUUUGGAUUGUUUAAACAUGAGUUAUCCUGAUCACUUGAUCAGGGAUACUGCCAAAUAUCAUCCACUCAUGAAAACAAAUUUGGUCAGCCACUCACUCAAAUAUCUGACGAAAAUGUAUCUUGGUUACGAUAUUCAGAUGGGAAUACAUGAUCCAUUUGAAGACUGCGUCUCUGUAAUGAGGUUGUACAAGAGAAUGCGUGAACAAGAUCAUCUCAAAGAUUUUAUUGGAGCGUGUCAUGCUACUGAAUUUCAAACCAAUGAGUUUGAGUGUUGCAAAAUGAAAGAUCUUGAGAAGCUGACUCCUGAUGAGCUAUUUGAAAUGUCAAGGUCAAAGUAUCGCUGUUGGUGUUUGGACAUGGUGCACAAAGUCCCGCCCCAACUUUGCAGAGUCAAAAGGUUGAAAGCUUGUGAAUACUAGUGAAAGGUUUUAUUAGUAUAGUACUCCCUCUGUUCCUAAAUAAGUGUCACUUUUUCAUUUUUGGCAUUCUCUUAUAAGUGUCACAUUUCUAUUUUUGGACAUGUACUUUUCACACUUUUACAUACACUUUUCCAUACACUUUGCCCACUUUUCUAUAAAUCAUAAUUGCUUUUACUUACACAUUCUACA